UGUCAACUUUAUGUUUGGUCAGCGUGUCGUCAAAUCAAACAGAUGACUUCCAUCAUCACUAACCCCAAAGAAACAAAACUUGAGAAGAUGGAAACAUCAAAACAACCAACACUCUCUCUUCUCACUCGCUAACCCUAGAGACAAAAGACACUGACUCUAAAAAUUAAAAUAUGGUUACUAGUUCUUCCUAUCUCAUCUGCUCCAACCAAGCUUCUCUGCACUCAGAGAUCGCUCUUUCGAGCAGCGUCGAAACCGUUCUGAAGAGAAUCUACGGGAAACACAAUCACCCUCCGAUAAAAGCCGAGACAAGACGGAGACUCUCUUCGAUCCCCAAUGAAAUGGCUUUGGAAACGCUCAGUAAAGUUUUUAAUGUGGACUAUGUUAAAGGAACCCUUGAUGGGUUCAUCAAAUAUCUUCUUGACCAGACCGUUUCUUCUGUUUAUGGCUCUCCGCUUCAGUGCUCAGGAGAGUCUCCGGUUCUGUCUCCUAGAACCCCUGGCAAAAAGUGUUGCAGAAAAGCCAUUGUCGGAGCAGAGAUGUCUCUUCUUGAUUAUGAAGUUCCUUCUCCCAAGUCUAUGAAACUAGAAGUUAAUGGAGGUUCUUCUCUACACAUUCCUCCUCAGCUCUUAGCUUUGAGUGAGCUUGAGUUUAGGAAGGCCUUUCUGUUGCUUAGUUAUAUUCCAGGGUAUGUAUGUUUGGGAUGCAAGUUUUUCCGUCAGUGUUUAAUCUCUUUUUCUCUUUUAUUAAGUCACCUUUUUGAUGUGUUAUUUAUUUAUUACAGGAAACAUCUGGGCCAGGUUAAUAUAACUGCUGAGGAGAUCAGACAAUGGAAGGAUUUGUCUAUGGUUGCAUAUGAAGCAGCGGUUUGGGACCGUUUGGGCCGGCAUUCUUGUCCAUCAACAGACCGUAGAGUGUCGCUUCAGUGGGAUAGCGGGAACACGCAUUAUUACCAAUGCCAUGUUUCUCCCGACGGUAGUUACAGAUUCAAGGGUCCUCUUAUGGAGAACACUGGAACCCACCUGCACAAUGUUUUGGGUGAUGAGAAUGUUCUUACCGUCAAAUUCGCUGACGUGCCAGGAGAGGCAACCUAUUGUAACGACAUAUACUCUACCUACAAAGAGAUUGCCAAGAAGGGUAUCAUGCUUGGUUUACGCCGUUAUCAGUUUUUUGUUUUCAAAGAUGGAGGAAAAGAAGAGAAGAAGAAAGAUUUUUCAGGAAAGGGAGUGAAGUGUUACUUUAUACGCACGGACUCUACAUCUUCUAAUGACAUGGGAAAACCCUAUAUCUUCUCUGGGAAGUCCAUUCAUGAAGCACGUAUGCAUUUUAUGCAUGUGCAUACAUUGCCAACUUUGGCCAAAUAUAUGGCGAGGUUUUCUUUAAUCCUGUCAAAGACUAGGAAACUUGAAGUUGACACAAGUAGGAUUGCCUUUCAGCAAAUUGAUGAUAUACACUGCCAUGAUCAAAACAAUAAUGAUGUUCUUGAUAAGAACCAGAAACCUUGUAUACAUUCAGAUGGAACUGGCUACAUCUCUGAGGACCUUGCUCGGAUGUGUCCUACUGAUAUUUUUAAAGGGAAACAUGUCAGAAGCGACAAUAUGCAGGCAAAUACUUAUGGCAAAGAGCCGCCUAUGCUGAUACAGUUUCGGAUGUUUCAUUAUGGAUAUGCUGUUAAGGGGACUUUCCUCUUGAAUAAGAAACUUCCUCCUCGAACAGUCCAGGUUCGACCUUCUAUGGUCAAGGUGUCUGAAGAUCCAGCCUUGUAUAAUUUUAGCACUUUUAACUCUCUGGAAGUUGUUACUACAAGUAAUCCACCAAGAAGAACGAAACUAUCAAGAAACUUGGUUGCGCUACUGAGCUAUGGAGGUGUCCCUGAUGAAUUCUUUUUGGAUAUCUUGCGCAGCACGCUAGAAGAAUCCAAAACCGUAUUUGAUAACAAACGUGCUGCCGUUAGAGCUGCUCGUAAUUAUGGGGAUAUGGACGAGUAUAAUGCUUUGCAAAUGAUCAUGUCUGGUAUACCACUUGAUGAACCACACUUGAAGGAUCAUCUUUCUAUUCUUCUAAACACAGAGAAGAAUGAUCUCAAAGCAGGAAAGCUUCUUGUUACUGAAUCAUAUUAUCUCAUGGGCACUGUUGAUCCCACCGGAAAGCUCAAGCAAAAUGAAGUCUGCGUCAUCCUGGAGUCAGGUCAGAUUUCAGGGGAUGUACUAGUUUACAGGAACCCUGGACUGCAUUUUGGAGACAUACAUGUACUGAAGGCUACAUAUGUUAAGGCCUUGGAAGAGUAUGUUGGAAACUCCAAGUAUGGUGUGUUCUUCCCUCAGAAAGGUCCAAGAUCUUUGGGGGAUGAGAUUGCCGGUGGUGACUUUGAUGGUGAUAUGUAUUUCAUAUCCAGAAAUCCCAAGCUACUAGAACACUACAAACCAAGUGAACCAUGGGUGAGCUCUUCUCCUCCUAGUAAAAUCUAUACUGGUAGAAAGCCAAGUGAACUCUCACCAGAAAUGUUGGAAGAAGAACUUUUCAGAUUGUUUUUGAAGGCAAGAUUUCAUUCCAGCAACGUUAUAGGGGCAGCUGCAGAUAGCUGGCUAAGGAUAAUGGACCAAUUCCUCACGUUAGGAGAUGAUAGAGUUAAGGAAACAGCUGAAAGGAAAAGCAAAAUGGUGAAGACUAUGCUAAAGGCUAUUGAUAUAUACUAUGAUGCUCUUGAUGCACCAAAAAACGGGGCUAAGGUCGAUCUCCCGUUAGACUUGAAGUUCGACAGUUUUCCACAUUACAUGGAGCGUAAAAACAAGAAAAUCUUUAAGUCCACUUCUAUCCUUGGAUUAAUCUAUGACACUGUGGUAUCUCAGAAUGAAGAGGAACCCCCUCCAUGUGAAAUCAAGAAACUCCAGUGUUUUGAAGAUGAGCUGGUCCCUGAGUUUUACAUGGAGAAAUGUAGUCGCUGGUACCAGGAAUACAAAACUGAAAUGAGCCAGGCGAUGGAUGAGAAUAAUAAGAAGGAAUCAGCUAGUGAGGUCAUCCUGAAAUACAAGCAGGUAAGUGUAGUCAACAAGAAUCGAUUACUAACGCUACUAUAUAUAAAGGAACUCAUUGGUGGAAUGUAUCAGGAGUUCUAUGGUGCGGCAGGGUUUGAAGAAAGCAAGAAAAGCCUUGAAGAGCUCUACCUACAAGCAUUGGCACUGUACAACAUCGUCUACGAUUAUGCCAUUAUAAAGAACAAAGUUCGUUCUUGCGGGUUUGUCUGGAAGGUAGCAGGACCGGUCUUGUGCAAAUUGUACCUUAAGAAAGCGGAGGAGAAGUCAAUCCCUUGUUCAGUUUCUGUGCUCAAAGAGCUUUGGGGUUGAACAAUGUUUACUGCUCUGUUCUGAUUGGCUAAUAGGGUGCGUGCGUGUUAGGCAAGUAUCUUAUUUAAGUAACCUAACUUGCAGACUAAGCUGGUGGUAAUGCCUUUGGUUUUAGUUCUAAUCGUAGAUUCUUCCUCUGGUGUACUGAUAAUUUCGUGUGUGUAUUUGCCUGUAGGAUAAUGUUAAAUAAGACUAAGUUUAUACGUCCUCAAGCUCCAUGACCUUGUGGAGUUCAGUGUGUGACUCGAUAUAAUAAUGCAAUUUCUCAUGUUAGCCUUGUAUAUCCUGCCCUAUUAAUACUACAAAGAUCAACUUAUCUGUUCUAUGC